AUGGACUUCCACGCGCUCCCCCGCCGCGACCUCCAGGCACUGGCCAAGCGCAACGGCGUCCGCGCCAACCUCAGCAACGCCGCCAUCGCCGACGCCCUCGCCGCGCUCCCCGCGGUCGACGGGAUCGAGGAGUACGUCGAGCAGCCGGUCGUUGUCGAAGUGGCCAAGCCGGCGGUUCAGGCGGUCGUGGAGGAGGUGAAGAAGAAGAAGACGAAGAAGCAGGAGGCGGAGGAGAGGAAGAAGCAGGAGGCGGAGGAGAGGAAGAAGCAGGAGGCGGCGGAGGAGGCGAAGAGGAAGCAGGAGGAAGAAGAGGAGAAAAGGAAGCAGGAGGAAGAAGAGGAGAAAAGGAAGCAGGAGGAAGAAGAGGAGAAAAGGAAGCAGGGGGAGGAAGAAGAGAAAAGGAGGCAGGAGGAGGAGGAGGAGAAAGAGAAGAAGAGGAAGAAGCAGGAGGAGAUCUCGCUGGAGGAGGUCAUCUUACUGAUGGACAGCGAGGAAGAGGGGGGAGAGAAAGCCCCAGCCGCCGGGCGCGGUCGUGGUCGCGGUCGCGGAAGAGGGCGAGGACGCGGUGCCGGCGGGCGCGCACGGGUCGAGCCUGUGGCUGCUCCGGCUACGAGGAGAAGGGCUGCGGCAAGUGAGACCGCGACGGAGGAUGCACCUGCGGAGCCUGUGGCGGCUCCGGCUACGAGGAAAAGGGCUGCGGCAAGCAAGACCGAGACAGAGGAUACCGCUGCGGAGGCCGUGCCGGCCCGUGCCACCCGCGCUCGGAGCCAAACGACGGCGGCGCCCGUCGCCGAGGAAGAGGCGCCCAAGACAAGACGGGCGUCGAGGCGGACCGCGGCGACCAACACUGGUCCGCAGCAGGAAGAAGAAGGAAAGGGGGCACAAGCUGUCGCCUCUGAUAUGGAAACUGCGGAAAUGGAAGAAGAUGCCACGAAUACUCAGAACGAGGAGCGCAACGAGGUUGAGGAACAGAGCCAUGACGACGAAGGGGUAGUCGUCGCGGAUACACCAGCACAGGUGCAAGAAGAGCCACCGGUGGAGAAGGAGGAGGACGGUAGGCAAGAAUCUCCUGCCGUUGGCGUCGGGCGGCGAGGUGCCAGACGACGCGCACGGCCCGAGCCUGUGGCGUCUCCGGCCACGAGGAAAAAGGCUGCAACAAGGAAGACCGUGACAUGGGUUGACGCUCCGGCAGCCGAGGCCGUGCCGGCUCGGGCCACUCGUCGCGCUCAGAGCCAGAGCACGGUGGCUGAGGAGGCGCCCAAGGGAAGACGGGCGUCUAGGAAGACUGCUGCGCAGCAGGAAGAGGAAGGCCAGCAAGCCGUUGCCUCUGAUGCGAAAGCUGCUGAGCCUGCGCCGGUUUCCUCCGACGAAGCAGCUGGUGAUGUUGCAGAAAUGGAGGAAGAAGCCACGAAUCCGCAGGACCAGGUUGAGGAAGAAGAACCACCGGUGGAGAAGGAGGAGGAUGUUGGGCAAGACCAGAACGAAGAGAAAUCGCCUGCCGUUGCCGUGGGGCGGCGUGGUGCCCGCGGGCGCCCCCCACGGGCCGAGCCUGUGGCGGCUCCGGCUACGAGGAGAAGGGCCGCAACAAGCAAGACCGUGACAGAGGAGGCGCCCGCGGAGGCCGUGCCGGCUCGGACCACUCGUCGCGCUCGUAGCCAGGCCACGGUGGUUCCCGUGGCCGAGGAAGCCGUGCCCAAGACAAGACGGACGUCGAGGAGGGCUCCCACGAGGAAGACUGGUGGGCAGCAAGGCGAGGAAGAAGAGCAAUGCCAGCAAGCAGCUGUUGUCGAAACUGUUGCGCCUGCGCCGGUUUCCUCUGACGAGGGAGCUGACGAUGCUGCAGCAAUGGGAGCGGCCAUGGAUCCUCAGACUGAACAGCCAAACGAGCUAGUUGAGGAGCGGAACAAGCAGGAGGAACUUGCGACAGGUGAUGAUGUGGAAACUGAUGUACCUGCUGUGCCCACUGAAGAAAUGGAAAAGGAGGCCAUGGAUCUUCAGAACGAAGAGCAAAACAAGCUGGUUGAGGACCAGUGUCAGGAAGAUGCAGGUGGUGUGGCUGAUAUGGAAACAGCACCCGUUUCCUCUGACAAGGAAGAUGAUGAUACUGAAGAGAUAGAAGAAGAGGCCGUGGAUCCUGAGAACGGUGAGCAAAAGGAGCCACUAGUUGAGGAACAGAGCCAGGAAGAGGAACGUGAGACAGCGCCUGAUAUGGAAACUGCUGUACCUGCACCGGCUUCCUCAGACGAGGCCAUGCAUCAUCAGAACGAAGAGCAGAAGGAGCUACUGGUUGAGGAGCAGAGCCAGGAAGAUGCAGGUGAUGUGCCUGCUAUGGAAACUGCACCGGUUUCCCCUGCCGAGGAAGAUGGUGAUGCUGAAGAAAUAGAAGAAGAAGAUGUGGAAACUGCACCGGUUUCUUCUGUAGAGGAAAAUGAUGAUACUGAAGAAAUAGAAGAAGAGCAGAGCCAGGAAGACGAAGGUGUGGUGGAAACUGCUGUGCACACACCGAUUAUUUCUUCAGAAGAGGGAGGCAGCGGUACUGAAGAAAUAGAAGAAGAGGCCAUGGACCUUCAAAGCGAGGAGCAAAACAAGCUUGUUGAGGAACAGAACCAGGAAGACGAAGGUUGCGUCCCUGACAUGGAAACUGCUGCGCAUGCGGUUUCCUCAGACGAGGGAAGUGAUGAUGGUACUGAAGAAAUGGAAGAAGAGGCCAUGGGUCCUCAGAACGAGGUGCAAAACGAGCUAGUUGAGGAACAAGCUAAGGCAGAAGAAGGGUUGUUUCAUCAGGGUUGUUUCACGGGUGUACAGGCCAGUCCUGAACUAGUGGAAGAAGCAGCAGCACCAGUGGCAGAAGAUUGCGGCACGGUUGUUUCAUCAGUGGAAGAGCAGCAGGACGAUGUCCAGCAGUGUGAGCAGUCUCCAGUGAAUGUUGUUAACGAGGAAGGCCAUUUUCCGGCUGAAACUGUCUCCAGCGAGGGGCCACUGGACAUGGAGAUUCAUCAUGGCGGUGAGGCCGAGGAUCAUCAGUUCACUGAAGAGACUGAAAUGGUGCCCGUGGAAGCACCGGAAUCCGGUGAGGCCACUGAGGAAGCUGAGGAGCAUCAGUCCAGUGAAGAGACUGAAAUGAUGGUGCCCGUGGAAGAGACCACUGAGGAAGCUGAGGAGAUUCAGCAGUCCAGUGAAGAGACUGAAAUGGUGCCCGUUGAGGAAGCUGUGGAGGUUCAUCAGUCCAGUGAAGAGACGGAAAUGGUGCCCGUCGCCGAGUCGGCGGCUCAAGCCGCUGACGAAGCUGAGGAGAUUCAUCAGUCGAGUGAAGAGACCGAAAUGGUGCCCGUGGACUCACCGGUGCCGCAGGAGGCUGCUGUGGAGGACCUGGAGGUUGGUUUCACCUGCCAUGCAGACACCGCCAUUGAGAAGGAGAAUGAAGUGCCUCAGAGUGCAGCCAAAGCCAAUGAGGAGAAGGAAGACCUGGCUGUUGAAGAGGAGGAGAAUGAAGUGCUCUUUGGUGCUCUUUUCCAGAGUGCAGCCAAAACCAGUGAGUACAAGGAUGUUGAAGAGUUGCAGCACGACAUGGAUGAGGCUACUGCAGAGGUCCUUGGUGCUCUGUUCCAGAGCGCAGCCAAAGCCAAUCAGAACAAGGGAGAUGUGGCUGUUGAAGAGGACAAUGAUGUGUCAAUCCUUGCUGCUCUGUUCCAGAGCGCAGCCAAAACAAAUGAGAGCAAGGAACAGCAACUGGUUGUUGAUGAGGUGCACUAUAACAUGGAUGAGUGUGCUGCAGAGGAGGAGAAUGAGGAAGAUAUGGCUGUCUUUGGUGCCCUGUUUCAGAGCGCAGCCAAGUCCAGUGAGAACAAGGAACAUCUGGUUGUUGAUGAGUCUGUUGAGGAGAAUGAGGUGCCAUUCUUAGGUGCUCUGUUUCAGAGCGCAGCCAAGUGCAACGAGAACAAGGAUCAUCAUCUGGUUGUUGGUGAGGCGCAGCAUUACAUGGAUGAUGCUGUUGAAGAGGAGGACAAUGAAGUAGAAGCAACCUUUGGUGCUCUCCUUGAGAGCGCAGCCGAAGCCAGUGAGGAGGAGGAAGAUAUGGCUGUUGAUGAGUUGCAGCAUAACAAGUCUGUGGAAGAGGAGGAGAACGAUGAAGACCGAACCACCUUGGCUGCUUGGCUGCUGCUUCACAGAGCAGCCAAGGCCCAUGAAAUCAAGGGAGAAGGUCUGAUUGUUGAUGACACAGAAGAGCCUGUUGAAGAGGAGCCAAAGAUGGAGAGUGUUGAGGCCACUGUGACAGAGGAGAGUGGCAUCACCGGUGAGCUGACAAAUGUGCCCGUCGAGGAGGACGACGGCGGCGUGGUGGCCGCCGACGACAUGCCACUCAGCUCAGCCACAAUGUUUGAGGGCGCUGUACAAGUGGUCACCGUCGAGAACCUGUCGCAAGCCACUGUAACUGACGAUGAGGGCGGCCUUGCAGAUGUGUCCGUUGAAGAGGAUAGAGUGGCGGCCACCAUGGACGAGAAGGUGGAGGAGGUGCUCCUGUCGCAGGCCACGGUGACUGAUGACGAGUGGGCAGCCAGGGAGUGUGCUUUUUCCACCGGUAACCUCACACCGGUGGUCGACACUGCCAAGGAAGUGGUGACCAUCGACUACCUGUCGCAGGCCACCACAGUGACAGACGACGAAUGGACAGUCAAGGAGAGUGCGGCAUUCGCCGGUGACCGCUCGCCGGUGUUCGACGCUGCCGGAGACUGCAGCGGCCAGGUCAUUUCCCCGCUGUUCGCAGGCCUGUUCGAGGAUGCCACCAAGUUCCUGUCCAUGGACUCAGUCACCGUGGAGGCAACAACGGUGCCUGAAGCUGCCGCUGAGAAGAACGUUACUGAGCCCGUGGCAAUGGAAAAAGAGAAGGAAAUGAAGGAGGAAGGCAAUGAAUCUGAAGCAUUGGGCAGCCUGAGCCUGAGGAAGCUUAGGGUCCAGCUCAAGGAGAAGGCUGCAGUGGCACAAGACCUGGAGAAGAAGCCAGUGGAUCAAUUUUCCAUCCACCCAAUAUUUGAAGUGAAGGAAGGGAAGAAGCCACUGGACACGCUUAGCCUGAGGAGGCUCAGGCUGAAGCUCAAGGAGAAGCUCAAUGCUCAGAAGAACAGAGAGCCAACAACUAGGGCGCCCCUCGGCAGGCUGGACGAGAACUCGGCGUCCAAGUCGCAGAAGAGGGUGCCCCUCGGCAGGCUGGACCAGAAUUCGGCGUCGAAAACGCAGAACAGAGAGCGGAGCAGGGUGCGCCUUGGCAGGCUCGACGAGAACGCGUGCUGA